AUGGCAGACGGCAAAAGCGGCCCGUUCUUCUCCUGCGAUGUUCGUAUUGAGAUCCUCCCACUCGUUUCGCUACUCCCUCAUAUUCUCCGCAACGAGAAAAGGCGAGUCAUCGAAUGGCUGCACCUUCGAGUCAACACCAUCCCCGGAGCCCACUUUCUCCCCCGUGCGCUUUCUCACGCCCGAACCCCCAAAGCCCGCUCACGACCCGCCAAUCGGACUGUGAAGUACUACUACUACUACUACUACUACUACUACUACUACUACUACUACUACUACUACUACCCAGGUACUGGUAGUGGGUAUAGGUCAUCGUCAUCUAAAAGUAGCCAGGAACCCUAA